AGUGAGACAUCAAACUUCAAGGAGUCUCUCCACAGCUACCAGACCCACCCUGAAGAUGACUCCCUCUGUCAGUGUGCUGCUGCUGCUGCUCCUGCUCGGCCUCUCUCAGGCACAUCCUCUCACGGAGGAAGAAAGUGUUCCGGAGGUCCAAAUGGACGAAGACGACACUGUCGACAUCACCACCAGGAUCCUGACCUCCAACAAUGCCACCAAUGAGAUUCUGCUGGAAGGAGACUUGUUGGCUCCCAGAACCAGAAACGCCAUGACGUGCUGGUCCCAGAGCUGUCUGUGGAAGAAAGCCUCCAACGGCCUGGUGAUGAUCCCCUUCACCAUGAGCAGUGAGUUCACCAGCUGGGAAAGGCAGAAGAUCGACUACGCCAUGAAGGCCUUCCACAGCAGCACCUGCCUCCGUUUCGUCCCCCGUCAGAACGAGUACGACUACAUCAGCGUCGAGAACAGAGCCGGAUGUUUCUCCGCUCUGGGUAAAACGGGAGGCAGACAGGUCCUCUCUCUCAACAGACAGGGCUGCCUCUACCACGGCAUCAUCCAGCACGAGAUCAACCACGCUCUGGGCUUCCAGCACGAGCAGACCAGGAGCGACCGCGACUACUACGUCAGGAUCAACUGGGAGAACAUUAACCCGCAGAUGGCCUACAACUUCUACAAGCAGGCUACCAACAACCUCAACACUCCCUACGACUACUCCUCCAUCAUGCACUAUGGGAAAACAGCCUUCUCCAUCCAGCACGGCAGGGACUCCAUCACCCCCAUCCCCAACGCCAACGUGCAGAUCGGCCAGAGGAAGGGCAUGUCCUACUGGGACAUCAUGAGGAUCAACCUGCUCUACAGCUGCUGAUGACAAUACUACUGAUGCCUGAUUGAGAGUUCACUGUUAAGCAAACAAAUACGCUUGAAGCACAAUGCAACAAAUUAACACUUUGCUCCAGCUAUCUGUAAUUCAUCAAAAGCUACUAAAAGUGACGCGAUCUAUGAUACGGAUUUCAGCUUCUGUGACUGUAUUCUUUCAAAACGUUCAGGCAACUGAAUAUCAGUCAGAAAUGUAAAAACUGUUUGUAUUAAAGUCAACACAAAAUGAAACCAUUACAAUAAAGUUGGUUAGCAGCAGUUUGGCAGUUAAA